CGCCGCUUAGCCGUUACCAUUAUUUCAAAUUUAUAUAUUUAAAAAUAAAAAAUGAAAAUGGUAUGAGUAAUUUAUUUUGUGGUAUAUAAAUACCUCUGCCGACGAAGGGUUUUCCAUCAUUUGAAUCGGCGGAAAACUGAUUGAAAAAAGCAGAGAGAGAUAAUGGGACGCGGAGUUAGCGCGGGUGGCGGUCAGAGCUCGUUGGGAUACCUCUUUGGUGGAGGAGAGGCAGCCCCGACUCCUCAACCUCCAAACAACACUUCAACUAAAACUCCAACUAACAACGACCCUCCAUUGAAACCUUCACCAGAAACAGCCGCGCCGGAGGAGAGCAGUAAGCAGUCAACUCCUCCUGCAGCUGCUGCCGCCGCCUCCGGUAUCUCCUCAAACAACUACUAUAGAGCAGAUGGUCAGAAUUGCGGCAACUUCCUCACGGAUCGACCAUCUACAAAGGUUCAUGCUGCACCAGGGGGGAACUCCUCUCUGAAUUACCUGUUUGGUGAUGGCAGCAAAUGAUGAUAGAAAGAUGUUUGAUCGAUUGGCAGGUAAACUGAGCAGUUGUUGUUUUGCUGUUAUAUUUGAUUAUAAGUUUCUUUCUUGGUACUAAAAAUUGUUGGAGAGAAAAGUUGAUGAUAAGCACCAAAUGAUAUAUUAUGGUUGUUUGUGUGUA